GAAUACGGCCGAGCCUAUGCAGGUUGAUGUUCCAAUGGAAGAUAAUGAAAACAAUGAAACUGAGUGCUAUGUUGUCGAAAACUCAACACUGGAUUUGGAAACAUAUGCUGCAUCCUACACAGGCUUUGCCAAAUUGUACAGACUAAUGUUUGUAGCAGAUCAUUGCCCUUCUCUCAGGCUGGAAGCCUUAAAAAUGGCCAUAUCGUAUGUCAUGACCACGUAUAACGUAAGUCUUUAUCAAACUCUCCACAAAAAGUUAGCUGAAGCAGUAGCAUCUGCAGGACUGCCUGAUGUAGCCGUUCAAAUGGGAUCACAAGAUAUACCUGUACUUGAUGCUAUGUGGGUAGAGUCCAGAACGAAAAAAGCUGCCAUCAAACUGGAAAAGUUAGACACAGACUUAAAAAACUAUAAAACAAAUUCUAUAAAAGAGAGCAUUCGAAGAGGACAUGAUGACUUGGGUGAUCAUUACCUAGACUGUGGAGAUCUGACUGGGGCCCUUAAAUGCUAUUCCAGAGCAAGAGAUUACUGCACAAGUGGAAAACACAUAAUAAUGAUGUGCCUAAAUGUAGUGAAAGUGUCAGUCUAUUUGCAAAAUUGGGCACAUGUUCUUAACUACGUUUCAAAAGCAGAAGGUACACCUGACUUUAAUGAGGUUCCAGCAAAGGACUCUAAUCAGUCUAUACUUACUCGUUUAAAAUGUGCAGCAGGCUUGGCAGAACUAGCAACAAAAAAAUAUAAAUCAGCAGCAAAGCACUUUUUAGCGGCUAGCAUUGAUCACUGUGAUUACUCUGAGCUGCUUAGCAGCAAUAAUGUGGCAGUGUAUGGAGGAUUGUGUGCCCUUGCUACUUUCGACCGGUCUGAAUUACAAAAGCAAGUCAUAGUUAGCAGUUCUUUUAAAUUAUUUUUAGAACUAGAACCACAAUUACGUGACAUCAUUUUUAAAUUCUAUGAAUCUAAGUAUGCAUCAUGCUUAAGGUUACUGGAUGAAAUAAAGGACAAUCUCCUCCUAGAUAUGUAUUUAGCGCCACACUUAAAUUCUUUAUACAUGCAGAUUCGUAACAGAGCACUGAUUCAGUACUUUAGUCCAUAUUUGUCAGCUGAUAUGAGACUAAUGGCAGCAGCUUUUAAUCGCACAGUAACUGCACUUGAAGAUGAGCUAAUGCAACUAAUACUAGAUGGGCAGAUUCAAGCUCGUAUAGACUCUCACAAUAAAAUAUUAUAUGCUAAAGAUGUAGAUCAAAGAAGCACCACCUUUGAAAAAAGUCUUGCCAUGGGUAAAGAUUAUCAACGGCGGACAUCAAUGUUGAUAUUACGUGCUGCAAUGCUCAAAAAUCAAAUCCAUGUGAAGAAUAUUGGUCGUGACACUGGACCCCAAAGUGGUGAAGCUCCUGGUUCAAGCACUAGUAUCCCUACACGCACCUUUGACACAGUGACCUUGUGA